UAUUUUUAAACCUGGUGGAGAGGCGAUGCACGAAAUACAUUUGUGCGAUGAAGAAACGGACGAUUAAAAAACCAAGUGCGCGUGGAUGUGUAGUCAUUAAAUGCCAACGCUGAGAUACAGUCUAUUGCCACACGCGGACGCAACCGGGCUGGGUAGAGUCCGGUCGUGAAGACGAGGAGGCGGCGCGAGCUCAGCGGGUCGGUAGCUCCAUCUACAUGCAAUCUCACCAACAGCGCUCGAGGACCUUCACUCGAACGAGUUGGUUAUCGUCACCUCACGGACUCGCUCGCUCGCGCACCUGACACUAUCUCCGGGGAACUCCGGUGUGAUGCGUAACAGAACGUUGGAGCAGGUCAGUUCUUAUUCUGCGUGUCAUAAACUUUUACACAAAUCCUUAAAUGCGCAUCAAGACAAAACACCAGUCAGCCUAUGUCGAUGGUCGAAGGAAAUAUUCGGGACUAUCUCGCCGUCUGAAUGAAUGAGUUCUGAGGGUCGUUAACGCAGCGACAGCUACACUCGCAGGUGUUUUUCAGAGCGCGGAAAGAUCGUGUGGCAGAACAACCAGACUGUGCGCAGCGGAUUCUGUCUUUCGACGUAUUGAAACUUCCCAGUUAGAGGCGGCUGAUGGUUUUACUGUGUUCUGUGUAGAGAACUGUUCCAUCAGUACCAUGAACCCAACUGCUGAUGACGCGGACCCAAACCCACCCCUGCCCAGCCCGGCAGAACCGGACCCACUGCUCUAUGUGGCCUUACUCUUGGGGAACCAGUCCGAGGGGUCGUCGGCGGCUCCGAGCCCAAACGGAACCCAGGCGACGGCGUUCGAUAAGAACAGCUCGCCGCUGAUCACCCUCCUGUACUUCGCCGUGUGCGCCGUGGGGCUGUGCGGCAACACGCUGGUCAUCUACGUCAUCCUGCGCCACGCCAAGAUGAAGACGGUCACCAACAUCUACAUCCUGAACCUGGCGGUGGCCGACGUGCUGGUAAUGGGCAGCCUCCCCUUCAUCGCGGCCCAGCUGGCGCUGGUGGACUGGCCCUUCGGCGCGACGCUGUGCCGCGUGGUCCUCACGCUCGACUCCCUCAACCAGUUCACAAGCAUCUUCUGCCUGACGGUGAUGAGCGUCGACCGCUACCUGGCCGUGGUGCACCCCGUCCGGUCCAGCCGCUGGCGGCGCCCCCGUGUGGCCAAGUGGGUGAGCGCGUGUGUGUGGGGCGCGUCGCUGCUGGUGAACGUGCCGGUGAUGGUGUUCAGCGGCCUGAACAGCGGCCGGGGCGACACACACCUCUGCACCAUGCUGUGGCCCGAGCCCCAGGACCUCUUCAACACGGCCUUCAUCUUCUACACCUUCUUGCUCGGCUUCUGCCUCCCGCUCGCCGUCAUCUGCCUCUGCUACCUGCUCAUCGUCGUCAAGGUGAAGUCGUCGGGUGCUCGCGCGGGCUCCAGUAAGCGGCGGCGUUCAGAGCGGAGAGUGACGCGGAUGGUGUCAAUCGUGGUGGUGGUGUUCGUCCUGUGCUGGCUGCCCUUCUACGUGUUCAAUGUCACCUCGGUAACCGGCAGCAUCAGCACCACGGCGACGCUGAAGAGCACGUUCGAGCUGGUGGUGGCUCUGGCCUAUGCCAACUCGUGUGCCAACCCCGUGCUCUACGCCUUCCUCUCCGACAACUUCAACAAGAGCUUCCAGAACGUUCUGUGUCUGCGGCGCACCAGCGGCCUCCACGACAUCGAGCGCAGUGACAGCCGGCAGGAGCGCACGCGCAUGGUCAACGAUGUCACCAUGGAGACACAUGGCGUGCUGCUCAAUGGUGACCUGCAGACCAGCAUCUGAGCAGGCACUCCCAAAGGUCGAAGUUCACAUGAUGAUUGUGAUCAGGACCCAGCUGGUGUCUUGAAGGUUAUGGUCAGAAGGGACAUCUAUGGGCUUCUCUUCCUCUCGCUCUCUUCCUCUAGCUCUCCGCCUCUUCCUCUCUCUGUGUCUCUCUCUCUCUCUCUCUCUCUCUCUCUAUCUCUCUUUGUCUCUCU